AUGGCUGACGACGACUAUGCCGUGCGCGUCGUGUGGGCGGUCAAAGCUUCGCUCGAUCAGACCUACCAUGCACUGCGUCAGAUGAAGAACCCCCAGGCUGCGUUCGAAGAGAAACAAUCAACAAUUGACGUCAGCAUCGACCAAGCUCUACGAGGCCAUCAUACUGCACAAAGCCGCGCAGAAGCAGAAAAAUUUCGAGAGGAAAUUCUGAGACACAGCGCCGAGUUACAUCAGCUCCGCCAAGAUUAUCAAGCAACCCUGGACGCGAAAACCAAAGACUUUGAACAACAGCGUCGCCUAGUACUCGAAAAUCUUUGCCGCCUCCUCGUCCAAGCCGUCGGCCCGGAUUUGUUUCAGAAUGCUCUCCGAGAUUUGACAAACAAUUCAUCAGACGCGGUGAAACACACCUCCGCACCAGUUAACCAACCUACACCACCUGCUACCGAGGCCGAGUCUGAAGUUGUGCCUCCUAUGGAACAUACCGUCACAUCGCCACCCGCAGAUUCUGAGAGACCUCAUAAACGUAGAAUCGAUACGGAACCCGAAUCGCCUAGACGGCGUAAACGGGCCGUUCCGACCAGUAAGAGGAUAUCAGUCAUGUGGUUCGACGAAGUUUACAAGAAAGGUCACGCUGAGACAAAACAUAUCAUCGUCGAACACCCCAAGGGCGCUGGGCAAUGGUAUAUAAUCCGUUGUCAGGACUGCCCUCGCGAUUUCAAGAACAAACCCUUGGUAACUGCCGGGUCUCAUCUGAGCAGCGACGUGCAUGGCAACCAGCCUAGAGAUGCUGCGAAAGUUGUUGAGAAUUUCGGGAUUCAUGUUUUAGACUGCAACGAAAGACGGGCGGAGAAGAAUAAUGCCGUCGCUCGCCGGGCAUUCCGCAAACAGGACAAAGAGCCUCGUCCGCCAGAUGACACAGCAGCCAAAGACAGCAAGCAUAGUCGCCGAGGCGCAGCAGGCAUUGUUAGUCCAACACCGGGUCAGAUUUAUCUCGGUUACUGGGGUAAGGCCAAGAAGAGCUGGCCAGUGCUUUUACUACCAAACGCGAACCUCGAGGACGUCGGCGUGCCAGACACUCUGGAGGGGUUGGGGCUGCUGGAAAAGCUGCCUCCGUGCUACCGUUAUAACACGACGACAAAGACGCUUGAGUGGAAAGAGGGCUUCGAAUAUGGGGGAGAAAAAGUAGCACAGCGUUGGUUCCCUGUCAUGUUCUUCGACGACGGCUUGAAAUUUCCGUUUAAAAGUGCAGUCGGCUGGCUGCCGGCACACGACUUGGAGGUUUUGGACAUUGAGUCGCCGGUUGCGUCUGACGUUCCUCACAUUCGAUCUGUUCGGGCGUACCUGAAAGCACGACCUCAAAUCCCGUCAACGCAGGAUGAACCUAGUGAAAUGGACGUCCAUGAUGGUUUGGCUGAUGCUAUCAGCCGGCGAGAUAACGAGACACACGAAACGUCUAAGGUGGACGGGAGCAAUUCACGUGAAGCCACUAUUGUUCAACCGCGCGGCAAAGGAGUGAAAGCUAGACCCGUACCAGUCGCAAACGAUGGUGAGACAUCGGUCGAGGCUGAUGGAAACAGCAACGAAAACUCACGGAGGGAAUCUAUCGACAUCAUUUCAAUCAGCAGCACGCCAGUAUCUGAAUCGCGCGAAAUACAUCCCGACGAGGCAGCUGUCCCUUCGCACAGUGAGCUAAACAGAACAACCUUAGCGCCCAACGCCGAUGUCGAGACCACCACAUUAACCAGUAUGGGCGCCAAGAACCCAGAGCAGCCGACACAAGUUAACACGGUUUUUGAGGCCACAAUGGAGCGCCCAUAUUUGGAUCAUCAAUUUUCGGCUGAACCUUCUUCUCAUGUACCAGAACUUCGUGCUGAUUAUUUGGCAACUAUUGCCCAGAAUGGUCUCAAACAGAACCCCGGCCUGUCCAACUGUGUACCGCCUGGGACUGCGCAACAGAUUACACCACGGGAGGACAAUACUCGCAAGAUCAUUCCCACGAUUUCAGAGUUCAGCCGCGCAUCUUCACUCGGUAGUGCUGCCAGUCACACAAUAACAAUUCCACCGCGAGCCGAGAAUGAUCGAAACCCUUUGAAGACUCAGAAUCAGCCAAUCCAAUACCAUGCACCGAAUACGCCUCAGAUCGAGAACAGGUCCAACAACUCAACGAUACCUCUAAGCCAGGCGCAACCACAGCCUCAGCUUAACAAUAGAUAUGUUCCAUAUCAACCUAGUGUACGACCUGAGAUGGUCCAGGAGCAGCCUACAGUCCAGGUCCCGGAUCCAAGGCACACAGUUCAACACGUGUCGUGGUCUAGACGAGGUGAUCAGGGUACGGCUGCAGGUGCAAAUCGUCAUGGUGUCUCUGAACACAACAGAACCUGGAUUGUCGGUAAUAAGGCCUCUCAUUCCCAGGAGCCCUACCAGAGACUCUCCCAUCCUCUUCUGUCUGAAAAGACUUGGAGAAGCAUCAACGGCAUUAGUUAA